CUCGUUCGAAAGACAAUUUAGUUGAGGACAAAUGAAUAUGCUUAUUGCGAAAUACAAUAUUUAUAAGACAAUCUGCUAACCUAAUUUCCGGAGUUGAAACUUGUUUUAACUUGCACCGGUAAUAAAAAGCGCUUAAAUACAGCAUUGAACGUCCUUGGUUGUAUUCUGGUGGGAUUGUACCGUAUUAGUUUCACACAGCUGAUAUAUCUUGAUGGAGUAUGACCCGGCUUCACCAACGGAUGAGUUAGAGGAUUGUUCUCCGUCGCUUGAUUUAUCAGCUAUUCCACUACCAAGGCCAAUUAAUGCUCCUAUACCAAAGAGUGUCAGUGAUGUAUGUAAUAUUCCACUACCGCCGGCUGCCAAGAUAGAAGCUUCUGACAUUCCCUUACCAAACCUCAAUCUAACAGUUGAAAAUGUAGAAGAUAAAGGACUGCCGUUUUAUCCUCGUUUGUCUUAUCUCCCAAAGUCUGACACAAUGGAGUCUUUAGGACCUCUAAAAUUUAGUAUGCGAAAGUCUACCAAGUCUUUACCAGGUUCAGAUGUGCCUACAGAAUCAUCCGGGGUUUUCGAGUCGUCUAAGGAUGUGAAAGUUGAGGAGCCUAAAGCCAUGCCUAAACUCCAAGCGAUGAUGAAAAGGUCAAAGCCUUCUCAACUUCCUGUCGGUGUUUUACCUGCAAAAAACAAAUUGCCUGCUACUGAGGUCAAGACCGAUCUAUUUCUACCAACUAAAGAAAGUGAGACUAUAAGUUCUACUUCAGAUCACACCAAAGGUUUACUGUCUCAUCCUCAUUCUGUUCCACUUUCUGAAUCCAGUGAUCUUCAGUCUACUAGUUCUAUGAUCAGUUCUGGACAACUGAUCCUAUCCGGUACAGUUGACAAGUCUAUGGUACUUAGUAAUAACAUUGCGAAUAAAGCACAUAUUCCUGGAACAAAUUUACCAUUAAAAGCCUCUCCAAUACCAAAUUUAAUGAGUUUAAAUAUCCAACCGCUUCACCACUCUGUACCGAUCGUUGCCACUCGAAAUUUGAUCCAUGCUCAUGCAACUGAUCCCACUCUUGUUCAGGCGUCGAUACCCCCAACUGCUGGAAUGCAGUUUGUUAACCCCCAAAAGUUUAGAUCUGCGCAGAUGAUUGCUACUCCGUUGAUAGCUAAUCCGGCCGUUGCGAAUCAGUCUCAACAGAAUGAGGAGACGCCGAAGAGUAAAAAUGGUCGUCGUCGAUCAAGAUCACAUUCCCACAAGUAUCCUAGGUCACACAGACGGUCUCGUUCUAGAAGGUCUAGUGGAAAUCGACACUCACGACGUCGUCACUCAUCUAGCUCAUCGAAUUCAGUGCACCGCUCUAGCCGUGCUCGCCACAGAUCGCGGUCAUAUCAGAACUCUAAAGAGCGUCACCGUUCAUCUACUGAUCACGGUCACCUUAAAGGUAGUAGAAAACGCAGUAUUGAUCACAAAAGAAAAUUAGAAGCUGCUGAAAGUAUAGGAAGACGGGACUCAGACAGAAAAAAGUUCCCUACUUCUCAGAAAAAACUAGACCACAAAAAUUCACACUUGGAAGAGACAAAGAGAUCUUAUCAUCGCUCAGGCACCCCAGAAAAAAAAAAGAAAGUGUGUGGCAAAACUGAACGAUCAUCGUAUGUUAAAAAAAGCAAGACUAGCACAAAAAGUGCAGUUGCUCGACCCAUCGUCAAGAGCCUUACAGAAAAGGUAAAUUCUGAUGUUAAGCGGGAAUCUGAUAAUGUGCAAUACGUUCAGACGCAGAAAUUAACUUCACGUAUUACUGGUACACUCGAAGAUGUUUACCGUAAGACCCAUCCAAAACUGGGUUACAGACAAUCAUCAGAACAAACUGAUAGUGAUGAUCCCUCGAAUAGUAGCCCUAAUUCAUCAUCAAACAGCGAAAAUCAGUCUCCUUCUAGGAAGCUUAUUUCACUUAAGCAUGAACAGUCGAGUAAUAGUAGCUCGACGGAUUCCGACUCAAGUCAACAUGGAACUAAUCAUUCUACCAGUGAGGUUAAACGUCGACCCAGUGAGGUUAUUCGGAAUGAACGACAAGUGAGUAAUAUGAAAUCUCAAAAACGGACGUCACAGUCACUCCAUCCAUCCAAAAGUGUGAAUAUAGAUGAAAUACCACUACCAUCUCCACCUAACAAUAUACCAAAUUGUAUGGAAGUUCAGCCGGUGGAUAGCUAUGUCAUGGAGUCGGAGUCGAAUGUGGAGUUGGACACAGUCUGUCCACAUAAUGUAGAAGUUGAUAAUGCUCAGAGCUGUCCUGGGGGUGAGUUUAUCGUCACUGUCAAUGACGUCCUUGAACCCAUCUCAGUUCCUGACUUAUUUUCUCAUGUUUCAAGUGAACCUAGUUCCAUCAACGAGUCAUCCCAGCAUUUGGAUAUGCAAGGUGUUCAAAAAAUGUGUGAGGUGACUGAUGGCAUCCAGUCACAACCUGCUAGAGACCUGGAUGUGUUAGAUAUCCAGUGCUCUGAAAUUGUUGAACACGUAGAUGGUACAACACUAACAGUUGUCAGUACACAGGACAUUAGGCCAUGCGAAUCGAAGUACGACCUGCGGAAACGGAAGACUAAGCCUCAUAUCCCGAUGUGUUUUCUGUCCAAUACUCUCAAUCCAUAUGAAAGGUUAUCCGAUUAUGAUGUUGAUCUUAGCAGCAUUUUUUCUUCGUAUCCUGGGGCACCUAUUCCACAAUACACUCACUUGUUGAACAAUGACUACAGUCUUUUGAGUUCGACCCGUUCAUCGAUUCCCAGUAAGUCAACAUACUCGGGAAGUGGUAAGCUUCUUGGGGCAUCUGGAAUUCGUGCUAGUUCAUUACACUAUGAGAUGCGACAAUGGAUUUGUGAUUGCGUCGCUCCUACUCCAGUGGAACUUGAUCUAGGCAUACUUUCCUGUGGUCCUGGUUGUAUCAACCGUGCUCUGAAUAUUGAGUGCGGACCGCAUUGCGCUGCUGGUGAUUUUUGUAGUAAUCGUCAGUUCCAGAUGAGGCUUUACGCUCCGACAAGACCCUUUUAUGCGGGUAAAGAGAAAGGGUGGGGACUGAUGGCAACAGAUAACGUCGAGAAAGGAUCUUUUGUAAUUGAAUAUGUGGGAGAAGUAAUUGACUUUUCUGAAUUUCGUCGACGUAUCCGGCGGUACGAACGCCUGGGUCACGCUCAUCACUACUUUAUGGCUGUGGAGUCAGAUAGAUUCAUCGAUGCUGGUAGUAAAGGCAACUGGGCAAGAUUCGUAAAUCACUCAUGCGAACCCAACUGUGUUACUCAAAAGUGGAGUGUGGAUGGUGAAAUACGGAUUGGAUUUUUUGCUAAAGAAGAUAUCCCAUCUGGUCAGGAAGUAACCAUAGAUUAUCAGUUUGUCCAGUAUGGGGUUUCUGAACAAAAGUGUUAUUGUGGUGCGUCUACCUGCUCUGGUGUAAUGGGGGCGACCAGCAAAUAUUUGCAAGAAAAAGUUCGCAUGAAAGAUACUACAAUGGUUGAAAGACGCAUUCUCCAACUCCUUCAAUUAGAUUCGUUCAGAAAUGCAGACGAUAUAACUCUGUUAUUACAAGUUAUGGUUCAAGAAUGCCUUACAAGGUACACUCGACUGCAGCUUCUCAGCCGUCUGAUUAAAACAGAAAACGAUGCUUGUCUUAAACUUUUUCGACAGUAUAAUGGUCUCGAUAUGUUGGCGGCCUUUAUGUGUGAUGCAGCGCCGAAAGAUUGGGAACUCAAAAAGCAGAUAUUAGUUUGCUUGAAACACAUCCCUGUUUCAGAGCAAAAACAGGUACAGUCGAAUUCACGCCUUAUGGAAAUAGUAGCACAGUGGACUUCCAAUCCUCACCACUGUCGGGCACGUAGUAUUCCUCCCGAGUCUUGGAAGAGUGCUGAUGUACAUAUAGCAGAUACUUCAAAUGUUACUUUGGUUAGAUUUUCCACUGAUGAACUCCCUAUGGAGUCGAAUUUCGACUCUGAUGAAACAAAAUCACUUUCUAAGAGUACCAAGGACAAUGAAUCAUCUUCCAUACAAACAGGUGAUAAGAAUAGUGAUUUUGCUGCAUCACCUUCGAGUUCCGAUUCAUUUAGUUCUUCCUUGAAGGAGAAUGCAUCAUGUGUGUUGCAUGCUUCGACACUCCCAGUUUACGAAGAAGGAUUUAACGCUAUCACUCAAACUUCGGAUUGUGAUAUGUCCCCCGUAACUGUUGUGGAUGAUGAUAAUGGUGAAAUUGAAGUCGGAUAUGCAGCCGACAACAACGAAAUAAAUAUGGAUACUGAAGAAUGUAAAGCUAAGACGAAUGAGGAAUGGAUAGAAGAGAUCAAGGCUUUGGCUUGUAAACUGCUUGAAAAAUGGUCUAAAUUACCGAAGGAAAACUACCGGAUACCGCGAUUGGAGCGUCAAGAGACCGAGAAAAUGCUUCAUAUAUCAAAUCCAAUUGGUUCUUCUCUUAUCUCAUGGGGAUCGGAAUACAAAGAUGAACAAGCAAUAUCCAAUAAAUCUUGGACUCAGAAUAGUAACAGUAAAUUCCAGUCAAAUAAAACUCUACGUGACAAACUGGUUUCAUCUUUCAUUCGAGAGCAGAAUGGUCCAAAAGCAUCCAACAGUUCGUCAUGUUUGUCCAAAGCUGAGAGACGUAUGCUUUUCGAAGCUCAAGUUAAAGCUAAUGAAAAUCAAUGUUCAUCUGAAAAUUCUGUUCCUACAUCGGAUGAUUUUGUGCAGACAAAUCCAUCUAAUGACGAAAAGGAUACAGAUCAUCUUCGUCAGCUAUUACUCUGUGCACUUUUAAGUGAGUGCGGUCGAAACGAUACUGCCCUUUCAAAUCUUUUAUCUAACAUAGCUGUAGAAUUGAAAAGCAUGCCUGUUGUUUCUACUUUGUUACAAGCCUUACCUCGUAUGUUGACUUUGAUGUCCAGUUCCAACGAUUCAGAUUUGGUUACGCGUCUUUGUAAAGAACUCAAACGGUAUGCUGAUGAUGACUUAAACUCAUUACCUGCGGGCUGGAGAUCAGCUGCUGACUCGAGUGGGCGACUGUAUUAUUACAAUAAAGAAACAAAUAGUGUUCAGUGGGAGAAGCCACUAAUAAAUUCCAAUGAAAAAGAUGACAAAAACACCCUUACUGAAGAGCAAUAUGGACAGAUGAAAAGACAGUUUACUCAUGAGGUUGGAAAUUACAUUUUGCGUCUUCUGAAGCCCUACAGACUACCCAAUUGUUUGACUGGUCGUAUAGACUCAAGCGAAGACUUUGUGCAUAUAACGAAAAAGCUAACUCAUUCGUUCGUAUCGAAGGAACUAAAGCGAUCAUCACUAACUUCACCACCAACUUUUUCAAAUGGACUUCAAGAACGUAUACGUUUAAGUGUUACACGGUAUAUGACUUCACGCGGGCCAGUAUAUAGGCGUAAAACGAAAAUAAAUAAUCCGAGGUGACUUUAUAUAUAUGUAUAUAUAUAUAUAUAUAUAUAUAUAUAUAUAUAUAUAUUA